AGUUGUUGACCUAAUGGGUGGAAAGAAGAAGAAAUCAGCCGCUCAGGCUGCCCCGGCGGCAGCAGCGGCGACCAGCUCCGGUUCUAUCCCUGCAGUCGGUGGUACCGGUGCGGUGGAGGACCAGAAGAAACACGCAGCCAACAGCAAAACGAAUAAACCAGUGAAAGAGACUAAAUCUAAAGCCCCAAAGACCUACAGUCUUGCCAACACAGCUCAGGUGGAUACAGGUGGAGUCUCAGACAAGUCCAUUCUUAAAGUUUCUAUCCAAGCUGAGCUGGAGAAGAAAAUCAUCAAGCUGAUCAAUGAUUUCAGACAGGAGAAUGGGGACAAAGGGCCCAUUUCUGGCAGACUUACAACCAAGAAGCUGUUGGACCUGUACACAGCUCUGGAGAAAUUCAACUUCAAAAGAGAGCACAUUGAAGAGGCGAUGAAGAGCAGCGUCCUGUAUGGGGGCGACCUCCACUCUGCUCUCGACUGGCUCUGUCUUAACCUUAAAGAUGAUGAGUUGCCAGACGGUUUCAGCCAGCAGCUGCAGGAGGAGAGCCAGAAGAGUCGGCCUAAAUUCCAGCCUCCACCGCAGCAGAAACCUGCUGAAAGGAACCCCAAAGCGUCCAACAACAGCCACAGAGACGCCAACAGGGUAUCAGAGAAGGACGAAGCUGCAAGCAUGAAGGACUGGAUUUUGAGGUACGCAGAACAAAGCAGUGACGACGAAGAGGAGGAGGACGAAGGAGAUAAGAGGACACGCAAUCCUGAAUUGGAUGAAAAGUUUGACCCUAAUGACAGGUAUUUGAUCCUCACCGCGCAACUGUAUGACGCCAAAGAAAUGGCAGCUGAUGCCAAGACCAAAGGAGACAAAAUGGGGCAGAGGAAGGCACAGGACAGGAUUCGGGUCAUACAGCAAGAAAUGAAGCAGCUGGAGUCUCAUCCCAUCUUCAAUCCUGCCAUAAAAGUUGUCGAUGUCCCUCAGAAGGAAAAGAAGACGCUUCCCGUGACGGACGAUAAAGAUGACCUGAGCUUCAGUUUGUUUGAGCAAGCAGAAAAGGACCCUCCUGCGGAAAAAGUUGUGAGAAAGAACGAGCCAAAAGACAUUCGUAACUUCGACUACACGGCUCGCAGCUGGACAGGAAAGUCCCCCAAACAGUUUCUCAUCGACUGGGUCAGAAAAAACCUGCCCAAAAGUCCACCGCCAGCUUUCCACAAGGUUUCUGCCGGCAGAUACUGGAGAUGCAAGGUGCGAGUCCAAAGAGUGGACGAUGCCCUGGAAGUUUGUCCUACCAUCUUGACUGAGGACAGCAUGCAGGCUCAGCAUCUGGCUGCCACGUUGGCACUCUACAACCUGGUUAAAGGGCAGUCUGUGCAUCAGCUCCUACCUCCGACCUACAGAGACGUGUGGCUGGAGUGGAGAGACAGCGAGCAGCAGCAGCAGGAAGCGAGCCGCACCGCUGCCAACAAACCUCGCGACCAGUUCAUAUCCCGGCUCCUCACCAGACUGAAGCAGCAGCAGAACCAGAGUCAAGCCCAGCAGCCCACGUAUCACCAAGGCCAGGAGCUCAACAGGAGGGCAGGAGAAGACGUACCGGAAGACUCCUGGGAGAAUCUGGCCGGUCUCGAUAUUGAGGAAAAAGGAGGCAGAGAUGAAGACAAGGGUGUGAAAAGUAAGCAGAAGGAAGGAGCAGCGUCGCUUAAGUCAGCCAGAGAGCUCUUACUAAAGCUGAAAGAGUCUGCACUCGCCCACAAGCUGCAGGCGGAGAGAGAGAAGCUCCCAGUCUUUCAGCACAGAGGUCGCGUCCUUGAGGCUCUGCAGCGCCACCGUGUGGUGGUGGUGGCCGGCGAGACGGGCAGCGGGAAGAGCACCCAGAUCCCUCAGUUCCUGCUGGAGGAGCUGCUGACGGGGGGCAAAGCCGCUCGGCCCUGCAACAUCGUGGUGACUCAGCCGCGCAGGAUAUCAGCCAUGAGCCUCGCCAGCAGAGUCAGCCAGGAGCUGGGCUGCGACGACGGACCGGGCUCCAAGUCGUCGCUGUGCGGAUACCAGAUCAGGAUGGAGAACCUGUCCGGGGACUGGACCCGCCUCUUGUACUGCACUACCGGAGUUCUCCUCAGGAAGCUCCAGCAGGACAGACACCUGAGCUCCCUGACCCAUAUUAUUGUGGAUGAGGUCCAUGAGCGCAGUGUCCAGUCGGAUUUUCUGCUCACCAUCCUUAAAGAUGUUGUGAUGAAGAGAUCCGACCUGCACCUGAUCCUCAUGAGCGCCACUGUGGACUGUGACAAGUUUUCCAGCUACUUCAACCGCUGCCCUGUGGUCAGCAUUCCAGGCAGGACUUUCCCAGUUGAAUCGACCAACAUUGCUGAGACAGGCGUGACGAUUCCAGAUGUUGUCUUUGUCAUCGACACAGGAAAGACUAAAGAAAAUAAGUACCAUGAGAGCAGCCAGAUGAGUUCUUUGGUGGAAACCUUCGUCUCCAAAGCCAGCGCCCUCCAGAGGCAGGGGAGAGCAGGACGUGUCAGAAACGGCUUUUGCUUCAGACUUUACCCUAAAUUCAGGUUUGAUGCCUUCAUGGAUUACUCCAUCCCAGAAAUUCUGCGGGUCCCGCUGGAGGAGCUUUGUCUCCAUAUAAUGAAAUGUCAGUAUGGGUCCCCGGAGGACUUCCUGAGCCGGGCCCUGGAUGCUCCUCAGCCUCAGUCCGUCAGCAACGCUGUGAACCUGCUGAGGAAGAUCGGUGCAUGUCAACCCGACAACCACAUCCUCACGCCUUUGGGACACCACCUGGCAAGUCUGCCGGUCAACGUAAAGAUCGGGAAGAUGCUCAUUUACGGAGCCAUCCUUGGCUGCCUUGAGCCCAUAGCAACCAUCGCUGCAGCCAUCACUGAGAAGUCUCCAUUUUCCACACCGAUGAACAGAAAGGAGGAAGCUAACCUGGCCAAAGCCGCUCUGGCCACCGCCAACUCUGAUCACCUGACCAUAUAUAACGCAUAUAUGGGAUGGAAAAGCUCACAGACCGAGGGACUGAGAGCGGAGAUGUCCUACUGUAGAAAACACUUCCUCAACCGAACGGCUCUGCUCACCAUAGAGGACGUGAAGCACGAGCUGAUGAAGAUGAUGGAGCAGGCGGGUUUCUGGUCCUCUCGCUCGAAGCAGCGGGCGGCCGCGCUGUCCAAGCAGCAGAUCUGCAUCCUGAAUGCGGCGCUGACGGCGGGGCUCUACGACAGCGUGGCGCGGGUGCUGUGCAACCCCCCCGUGGACGGGCUGGAGCGGGUGGCCUGCACCGUGGAGACGCCUCAGGGCAGGGCUCAGGUCCAUCCUUCCUCUGUUAACCGUAACCUGCAGGUGCACGGCUGGCUGCUGUACCAGGAGAAGGUUAAAUACACCAAGAUCUACCUGCGAGACACCACCCUGGUUUCUCCGUUCCCCAUGCUGCUGUUCGGAGGCGACAUCGACAUCCAGCACAGAGAGAAGCUCAUGACGUUAGACGGAUGGAUUCAUUUCCAGGCUCCGGUACGGAUUGGAGUGAUCUUCAAACAUUUGAGGAAACUGAUGGACUCUUUACUUGAAAGGAAGUUGGAGAACCCCAGAAUGAAUCUGGAAGGUGAUGCAACCAUCCAGGUGAUUCUGGAUCUGAUCAAAUCUGAACACGCUGCGUAACAUCAGGAGCUGCAGGUCACUGAAGAGGACUCAUUUUACUCACAUUGAGGAGAACUGUAGAUAAAAUGCAUACAAACACACUGAAAUGUAAUCCCCAGAUAAUAGUUAAGGUUAUUUUCAAUUAUUGUUUUAAUAAUGUUUAUUGUAUCAUGACUGACAAAAAAUUAAAUUACAAUCAACUGUUAAAAUAAAGUAAAAACAGUUUAGAUUUUAUCCUUCGGAGGAAUACUUAUGUUUUGUGGAUUUUUGUUAAAACGGUACAAGAAAGGCGACUUUUCUUUCCGUGACAUCCAGAUUCGGUCCCGAGAUCUAUAAUGUUUAGAGCUUGGCAUGUUGAAUAUUUCUUAUUAAAACGUCUGAUUUAUAUAGUAGCAUUGGCAUAUGGAGGGGUGAAGUGUCGUCAUUCUAAGAUCUGAACUCUCUCUACAGCUUUCAGCUGAAAUUAACAGCUUUCUUUAUCAAGUGAAGCGGGUUUUCAGUAACCAUGUCGUGCCGAGCAAAGUGCAUAAAGAUGCUGCACAACAUGUGACAGAUCAGAAAUUGGUACUGCGCUGCUGACGUGCCUGGAGGAAGUGUUUUCUGUGUUUGGAGUAAAAAAUAAAAAAAUAAAAAAUAAACGGAACAAAACAAAUGUAUUUGUUUGGUUAUACAGGCACAGAACAACACUUUGGAGAAAAUGACAAAAGUCAAAAAUGAUUAUGUAGCCACAAUAAGAACUGCUGUCUAGUCCAGAAAGAUUUACAGUUUCUUGGAAAAGUAGGAGUGCCGACUUGUGCAGAUUUUAUAACUUGACACAAGUAAACGCCAGUGAACUAUAUUGGGAUUUUAUGUGACAGAUUAUUACUAAGUAGCACAUAUUUGUAAGAUUAAAGGAAACUCGCACUUUUUUUUGUAUUUUUUGUUUGUUUUGCAAAUAAAGAAAAAAGUCGGGAAAGCAUUAUGUUUAGCUCAGUACUUUGUGGAACCAUCAGUUACCAUAGAGUUUUCUGAGAUAUAUUUUUUUGGAGAAUAUUGGUGAACAGCAAUCGUGAAGAUUUUCAACUGGGACGCUCUGAGGGAUCUUAGGGUUGUUUGCCACAUGAAGGCUUAGCUAGCCCUAGCUCUUUACAAGGCCUGUGUGUAGUCUGCCAAGUUUCAGUCGGUGUGCAGAAACCAUUUCCAUGGUCAGGUGAUCUUUUUGGUUGCUCUGGGUUCAUACAGGGUUAACGAGCACUGAAUAGAAAUUCACACCACACUUUUCAGGUCAUUUUUAUCAAAAAAUAUUUAAAAACGAUGCAUCGUUUUUCCUUUGAUUUAACAGUUAUGCACUCUGUUGUGUUUUGCUCCAUCACAUACAUACGACUUGCCAUGAAGUUUAUGGUUGCAAAAUGUGAAAAAAAAUUCAAAAGUUAUGAAAUGCUCUGAAGACGGAUGAAGCAACAAUAUUUCCUUUUUCCUCUUUCCACCGUCUCAAACUCAACUUCUUUUAACAGAAUCAUUAAUAAAAAUACAGAUUUGUCUGCAGAACGACAAAUUCAAAGGGCAUGGCUUCAAUAAUUUAACUCGUUUUCACGAGAUUUCAAAUGAAAGUAUUGAUGGUCUAUAUUAUUUAUUAUAUAAUUUAUAUGUACAUCGUAUAUAUAAAGAUGGAUUUGAAAGAGGAUUUUUUUUUUUAUUGUCUUGAACAAUUCGCAAAAAUGUAACAAGUUCAAGUUGAUAAAUAACUUGGACUGGGACUUUUUUUCUUCCUUACAAUAAAAACGUGAGAAUCUUGCCACUCACGAGACAGCGGUCAGUCACUUUCACAUCAACAAGGAAACGAAAACUGGUUAACAAAUGGCAUGUUUAAAUCUGGGAAAGUCUUAAGUUAAUGCA